AGACGUUGAAACGACGUAGUGAUACAGAGAACAACGACGACGAAGACGACGACAGGCGCAGAGGACGACGCGUUAUCAGCGUCUCGAGCGUCGCUACCGAUUUGUCCGGGUUCGCAGAGGAAAGUGGCGCGAGAGGGUGAACGGGGGUGUAGGAGACCGUGAGAAGCACCGGCAAGAACUGCUGGUGCACACAGUCAGGAUGCGACUGAGGAGUGAUACGGUUACAUCGAUUGUAUAUCAAGAUCCUCGAAGACGUAACUCCAGUAUCAAGGACUUAUUUGCCUAAGGACUUUAAACGUCCUUUCCAAGAGUGCGGGGUAGUUUUAAGAACGCGUACGUAGAACGAAGAAGAUAAGACGUGCAGAGGACAACUAUAUAAGCUCCUAGGAAGGUGCAGUACCUAGCAGCGAAAAGAUCGCGAAAAGGGUGAAGGGUAAAAGCAUUUAAGGGCGGGUGGGGGGAUGCAGCUCGAAAGGGUGGCGGCAUGGAGGAGCACUCGUUGGAGGCUCUCAUACAGGCGAGUCUUAUCUUCGUGGUCGCCGUCGCCAUCAUCGUCUCGAAUCUCCUCAUUAUCAUCACCUACCUCAACUUCCGCGGCCCCUCCGAGGUGAUAAACUACUAUUUGUUAUCACUCGCCUCGGCAGAUCUUCUAUGUGGUGUGUUGGUGGUUCCGCUCUCGGUGUAUCCAGCAUUGGUUCGAAGAUGGGUCUACGGAGACAUCGUGUGCCGACUCGUCGGUUACUUGGAAGUCACACUUUGGGCGGUAUCAGUAUACACCUUUAUGUGGAUCUCCGUGGAUCGCUAUCUGGCUAUCAGGAAACCAUUGAGAUACGAGACAGUACAGACGAAAACCCGAUGCCAAUGCUGGAUGGUCUUCACAUGGAUCAGCGUGGCGAUGAUGUGCUGCCCGCCCUUACUCGGUUUCAACAAACCGAUCUUCGACCGCGAGGCCUUCAUCUGCAUGCUCGAUUGGGGAAACAUGGCCGCAUAUACCAUCACGCUGUCCAUUCUCGUAUUGGGGCCGUCUGUCAUCACCAUCGUCUACACGUACUUCUACAUAUUCUCCACGAUGAGACGACUAAAGUCCGGCGUUCUAAUCCAUGACAAGGAGUACGCUACUGCGUUAUCGGAAAAUCUAAGCAAUCCGAGUCACAUUAUGUCCUUCGUCCUAGUAAUGGCUUUUUGGAUAUCAUGGGCGCCAUAUGCCGGGUUAAGGAUAUAUACAGUCGUUAACGGAUCUCCUCAGGUGCCGUUUUUACACUUUGCCGUGGUGUGGCUGGGAGUCACAAACAGCUUUUGGAAAGCGGUUGUGCUCAGCACACUAAGCCCCCAAUUCCGGUUGGCCGUGCGAGUGCUCUGUCUCACCAUAUGCUGUCGGCACAUGCGACUUCCGCCGGAACUCCUCGGCCUCGACGACGACGAUUAACGUCACAUCGACUACGUCUACGAGCAACAACGCUUAUAUCGCGUUCUGUUCUACCACGACGCGUUCUUAAGAAGUCGCUUUCACCUCUAUUCAAGGAUCGUCCUCGCAUCUUGGCACCACUCGCAAGACGGUUUCUUAAAGCUUCGCUCUCUGACACAGAAAUGAAUAAAGAUUGCAAUUGAUAAAUAUAUUAAUAUGGGUUAUUAGCUUAUGUAGUCAAAAUAAAAUAAAUGAUUUAAAUAUAAAUAAAAAGAGUACAUUUAGUGGCCAUUAAUUAACGAGAUGAAUAUUACGUGAUAUUAAGAAAGAUUUUGAGAUAUGAAAACAAUUUUUAAGCGUAAAAAUGAAAUUUUGUGGACUUUCAAGCAAAUAAAAAUAUAUAUAGUAUUAAAUUUUAUUUUAAUCACAAAAGUUCAAUAUUUUUCCAAAAAGAGAAAUUUAUAUUUUAUUAUUUAUAUUUAAAUUGUAUUUACAUAAUUGUAUAAAUAAACAUUUGUGUAAUUCAUCAUACGUUUUUCCGAAGAGAACGGCUUUUUGCAAAAAAUGUUAAAUUUUAUCCGCUUGCGAAAGAUUGAUAAAAGACUAAGAAAAAUCAUGAAUGUAAAGUACAAAGAGCAAUUUUCCCAAAUUUUGUAGAAAAAAAAAAAAAAAAAUUGGAAAGUUUUAUUAAUAAAUUUGCACUAUCUUGCUCAUUGCAAUAUCAUAGAAACAAUAUCACAAAAGUAAUUAAACAUUCUCUAUUAACUAUUAUAUUAAAACUAUUACAUUAAAUUAAGUCUCGCAUCUCACAGAUAAAAAACAUAGACAGCUUACCUAGAUUGAACUUUAUAGAUAAUCAAAAUUACAAUCAAUAUUUAGCUUGUUCAAUUUUCGAUAUAAAAAUCGCGACGGCUGAUCUAUGCGAAAAAAGAAAUAAUGCAAAGUACUUAACGAAAAAAAUGCGAGUGGUGCAACGAGCUGUGCGAAAUAUUUUGCCGGUGGAAUUCGGCGACUCCGCCGACGCGCGUCCAUUUCUUUAAAAUAAUCUCGCUUCGCUCAAACACGCUAAAGUCCGUUAAUUAGAAUCCCGUUAAUCGGGAUGACUUUCUGCGCCGUACGAAGAUAAAACGGGAGAAUUGUUCUACGGUAUUUGAAACUAAUCAUCGCCUAGUUUACGUCGUAAGAUCACGCUCAAUAAAUGUCGUAGCAAAUUAUGCGAAAAUCGUGAGUUAAUGAUUGUCGCGCAAGCAGGUUACAGAUUCAAUCAUAAAAUUGAUUCAUUAAACGACGCCGGAACAAAUGCGGGGAGAGAAAUUUAGUCAAUUAACGGAGAUGCCUCUAUGAAUGUGACGCGUCGUCGGCGACGAGUUUUGCGUCGUCGAAGUGUCGUCGUGCCCGUAGAAUAUCCUCGAUAUAAAACAAUCGAGUGCCGAGCGUGCAAACAUUACGCUUUUUUAAUGCGCUUCCUAGCCGCCGGCUUUCUACACUCUUUCUCUUUCUUGUCGAAAAGCUGCUAAACGAUAUGUGAAAUUAAAGAGUCUGCACGUUAUCAAUGCCGACUGAUUUGCUUAUCCCUUUUCUCAUUGUUAGUACGCUUUGAUACUGACAAAUAUAGUAUCGUAAAUUGUAGUAAAAUUAUUAAAAUGAUAUAAGUUAUAUGACUACUUGACUUAUAAACAUUUAAAUCUAUUAACAGCACGCUCGUAAUAAAAGAGAUAAGUCGGCAAUUGUGAGUUUGCCAAUUUACACGAACAAAAUUGGUGACAUGCAAAAUUCUAAUGUAGCUUGAUAAUUUCUAUGAAGAAUAUGAAUCUCAAAUUUUUUUCCGCUUAUUGAGUCUCGCUUUCAUAACGUGUUAAUGCGAAUCGAUCGCUCAAUUAUUCGAAUGACUGGUUUUUCGACAAGAAAAAAAAGAUGCUUCUCUUCAAGAGCUAGCUGGGCUCUCGUUGACUUUCUUGAUGAACUGCAUUAACAAAAAACCCUCCCCAUGGAAAUCAAAAUAUCGUCGUUUAAUCUAACUCUUAAUUUAGAUCACGUACUAGUUUUACGGGCAUUCUAACUCGGCGCCCACUGUAAGCUUUAUUACUAAUCUUGUACUAAACGAUAUAUACGAAAUCGGUUAAUAGAAAAUUUUUUGCAUGAGAGCGUAAACUAUUGCGUCCAAUUUUCGCACGUCUACGUGAACUAUGACAACUCGAGGCGCAAUUUCGAAUGUGUUUUGGACAGCUUAUAUACAAUCCAACUAAAGUUGAAACUAGAAUCGACGCUCUACAGAAUAGCAGAUAAAAAGAAAGGCAUAUGCUACAGAAGGAAAACUCGGUUUCGUAAAAUACUUUUAUGAAAAAGGGAAAACUUUUUGAUUGCUUAAAUUUAAAGCGUAGCGCAAUCAGCGAGUGCGAAUGCAAAACACAGACUACUAACUUAAUUUACUUGUAAUUUAUAGACAAAAGAUUUUAAUUAUUUUGGUCUAUUAAAGCAAAAUAAAAAUAGUGAAGAGAAACGUAGUGUUCGAUCAUUCUUGUAAUAAAGAAUGUAAUAAUAAAUGUAAUAAAGAAUGUAAAUGUAAUAUGAACACUGAAAUCAUAAGGACUUAUAUAUUUAUUUAAAAGUAAUUACAUUUAUUAAAUUAAACGAAAUUGUCCAUAACAAUCAGAAAAUGGAAGCAUCUAAAAUUUGUCAUUUGAUAUUGACAAAUCGUCUGUGUUUUAUAAGAAAUUAUAGGUUCCAAUACAAGAAGAAUUAGCGAACGUGAACAGAUUUUGUGACGCCUAUUACGAAUAGCAUAGAAUGCUAGAAUUAGGCGUAGCUGAACUGCCACGUAACAUCGCUAAAAUGAAAAGCGGACAAUGAAAUUUGCCAAAGUUUCUUCGCUGUGCUCCUGAAUAAUGUGCUCGCGUGGAUGUGUGGGCGCGCCCUAAUGUUUUCGAUAAAUAUUAAUUCUGUAAAUGAGAAUCUAUAUGCAAAAUCGGUGUCUAGAAAGUCUCAGCUUCUAUUUUUUACUAUAGACUCUAAUAUAUUUCAUUCAAGUAUAACUUUUCGCUAAAAAAAUUAAUCCGAUAGGAGUGUUUAAUUGCUGUUUAAUUCGUGACAUUUAAAGCGUUAAACAAGCACAAAGGUGUUUUUCUGUGAAUGAAGAAAAGCAGUCCGGAACAUCUACUCGUUACUUUAAAUACAGACUAAACACACGCUAAAAAGUAAAGCAAUUUAAAGCAAUUAUUUUUGUCACAUAGACACAUACAAAAUGCUUUUUUGUUUACGUAAGUUUUUAUAUAUAUUUUAAAUGUUUUAAAAUAAUAAAAUUUCAAUUUUUACAACUUUUUGAUUGUACAUGUUAAUAUUUUUAUCAAUUCAUAUUUAGUUCCCUUUCUUCCCUCUUCCCCUUCUACAUACACAAUUAUAGUUUUUUAUGUUUAACAUCACAACGGAAUAUAUAUUUAAAGAAAUCGAUGUACAAAUUUUAAAUUUUAAGGAUAAUUUUAUUGAAAAAUAAAAAAUGUAUUGAGGGAUUUAUUUAAUGUAACGAGAAGAUAUAAACGAUGCUUUAUGCUUUAUGGUAUCAUGAUGUCUUAAUUGUACAAUGGAAUCAAACAAAACUAUCAAGUAUUUUCUAGUUUGAGUGUUAGCUAUAUAAAUUGGCUAAAAACCCGGCUAAAAAGUAACGCAAGUUCGACUACAAUUUAAGGAAAAUUUCGGGGAAUGUUCAAACAUUUCAAUAGAUGUAAAUAAGAAUAUAAAAUCUUAUUAAGGUAUGUCAAGUCCUAUGUUUUCUUAUAUUAUCAGAAAUUGUUAUACAAGUUAUUAUCAGUACUAUAAGUAAUAGUGAUGUAAUUACAUAAUGGAAUACUUCAGCUCAACAGUAAAGACUUAAUACCACACAACCGCAUUACUUAUUGUGCUGAUAAUAAUACAAAUAGAAAUGAUAAAAGUGAGCAUAAUUGUUUCCGAUUUCAAAAAUGUUUCCCCAGAAAAAUUUCCAAUUUUCGAACUGCGAUUAUUUUUGGCUGGACUCGGCUAUAACGUGCUAACAAAUUUUAUUGCGAAUUAUCUCUUCGUACGUAUAGAAUUGCUCGUAAUUCGGUUCUUUCGUCCAGAUCCGAAUAUCUAAGCUCUACUUCUGUAUUCUAAUGUCGCCGCUGCGCAGUGGUUCGAGAUGAUUAUGUCUCAAAGGACCUUCUUCCUCUUCCCCUCCCUCUUCUCACUUUCUCUCUCUUUCUCUCUCUUGACCGAUAAAAUGUAUACUUCGCUCUCUCUCUUACUCUAUUAUUCUAGCAUUUAUGAUUAACACUAACAUCGCAAUGAACUUUUACGGCCGUUUAGAUUUCAAAAGUUCUCAAAUAUUUGAAAAACUCUUAAACUUUAAAAUAUGGCUCAAUAUUAAUUAGGUAUUGACUACAUUUUUGUUCAGUACUUCAGAUAAAAAUGUCGUUAAGAAAUUACAAGAGAUUUACAAUCAAUGAUUUAUAUUAAAUUCAAAUGAUCAACUAUAUUUUGCUUCAGACAUAAUAUCAGAUUUUCAACAUCGACAAACUUGCAUAAAAUUGUUAUAAACAAUUUAAUAAACAAGAUGAUUGUUUCUAGUAAAAUAUUUAGAAAAUAUACAUAAAUUUAUUUAUAGUACAACAAGUAAUAUUUAUAAAAAGUUUUUAAAUAACAAUUUUUAUUUGAAAUGAGGCUUACAAUGAUUUCAUGUAGCGAUCUUAGAGUAAAAUAUUCAAUUAAAGUAAUAAUUAAAUAAAAUUUAUUACAGACUAUUUUUCUUCAUGUGCUUAACUGUUUCGUGAUUCUACCAAAUUGUAUGCUAUAAAAACAAAUCUCGCGCCACUCUGCACACGCGAAUUCGCCAAAAUCGAGCAGUAUUAAAUUUUUCAGCAAUUACAACAUUCUAAACAUGUGAAAGUCGCUCAAAAGGAAAGUGAAGAAUGGUUGCGCGUGAGAAACAAAAUUUUUAAAAUGGAAAGAACCGGUCGUCCAAGUGGAUUUGAUUGUUGCGACCGAUUGAAAUAAAUUUGUCGGUGACGAACAGAAAAGUUAAUAAGUGAUGAGAAGACGUAAGGAAAAAUCGAAAAAAGAUGAUGAGCGAACAGAAUUGGUCCCUGGCAGUUUCCCGGGCGGCCUCCAUUAUUAACGAUUAAUUACAUUUUUGUACCUAGCUGUUAGUUUUUUGUACUAGUUUUGUAACGUACCUCACCACGAGCGCGCUAUUAUUACAUAUUUUAACUAAUUGUUCGCAGAUGGGACAUUUUGAUCGAUCACACGUUUGUGAUCAUCUUGGUGUCACAAUCGAUGAUUUUUGCGUAGAAUCGAGUUAUAUGCUUGGUGUGGUAACCAUAAAAGUCGCAUCACAGAAAUGCUUAUAUCUGAUAAUCCUCCGCAAAUCGUAGAAAAUUUGUAUAACAAUAAAAGAAUAUUGUAUUCAGUACAAUAAAUAUAUAUUAAAAAGUUAUAAAACAUAAAAAUAUAUUUUUCAUUAUAAAUUAUAAUUUUAAUUUAAAUAUAAAAGAUGUAUUAAUAUAUAAAAUGAAGCAAGGAUAAAAAAGUAUGUAUUAUAAAAGUAAUAAAAUAAAGAAAUUAUAAUUAUGUAACUACAUAUUGUCUCGCAUUAAUUUUUUUUUUUUAAUGAUAUGGAUUUUCAAUUUAAUAGAUAUUACAAUUUGCGGAGGACUAAUAAAAAUCAUCUUAAUGUAUCAACUUCUUUACACAAAUAAUACAUAUAUAUUUUUAUUGAGUAUAAUAACGAGGCAUUUCUGUCGAUGUUUAUAGUAAAUUUAUCCUAGUAUUGCUAUGUUUUAUGAUUUUCAUUUUAAGAUGUGUAUAUCAGCGAUUGAGAUUACCACAUUUAGUAUAUGAGGUAGAAAGUGACAUCUUGAGUAAUUAUUUACAGAUCAGGAAUGCUUCGCGGUUUAAAUCAGCGCAAAAUCAACACAUGGCGCAAGUUGCAUUUUGCCGACUGUAUGAGACGGUUUACAGACACACGCACACACACAGUGUCAAUUUUAUAUUAUUUAAUUGUUACAUUUGUAUCAAAUAAUAUGUACCAUUAUAUGCGCAUGUGAAUAAUUGCUGCAUUAUAUAAAUCAAUACUGAAUAACUGAAAGUUAUUGCCAACUAUAAACACUGCAGGACAAUCUAACAAUAAGAAUGAUAAUAAUAAUCAGCAAUGUUCCAUGAGCGAUUAAAAAUUAUAUAAUUUUGACAAAUUAAAUUUACAGUGAAUAUAACAAAGUCUUAUUUUGAAUUUAAUUUUAAGAAAAAAAUGCAUUUCAAAUUAAUAUUUUAUUUACUUUAUUGUAAAAUAUCUGGUAAAUGUAGAGAAUUAAAAUAAUUAUAAGAAAUAAAUUUUAAUUGAAUCUUUGAUAAAUAAGAGUAAUAUAAAUAAAACAUUUUGUGUGUGAGCGCAAUGUAUCGAUAAAUAUUAGAUAAAUAUAUGUUUUACACGUUAGUAAUUAUGUUAUAAAUAAGCUCUGAAUUUUGUAAGUGAAAGCUCUUGUUAUUAUAUAGCUAUUGUCUAAUCUAAAAACUUAACGACAUGUUUGUAAAUCGUUUUAUUUGCUCGUUAAAAUGUUAACUCGUAUGUAGGCAAUCAAAAUAGAUUUAAUAAGUGACACUUUUUAGGGCGGAAGCACUGUUAGAACGAAGUUAGUGUUAAUCAAUUUCAAUAAACAUGCAGAAUAUUAUCUCGAUAUUUCUCUUAAAAUUAAUAUUGAUGGAAUGAUAGUGUAAAUGCGCGACAUGCAUCCGUCUUAAAAAUACUAAUUUUUAACAGAAAUGAAGAAUAUGCGCACGCGAAUUGCCGUGGAAGCAAUCCCGAUCGGAGUGUAAUGAGCGUACUAGAUAUGUCAUGACGAUAAAGUGAUAUGACUUUAAUGAUAAUGGUACAAUAUUAACGAUUAUUGUCUAGAGAUUAGUCUAGUGAAAGAUAUAAGAUUACAAUAAUAAACAAAGAGGGCAUAGACGCCGCAUAUUUCACUCGAUAUGAAACUCAA